GUCUCGGAGUCCUUUUUUAAUCUUUUUGGCUGAUCACUUCACCAGACACAACUGUGGGCUGGGCUGUCCGGUACCCAGUAGCUUACGGAAGAUUGGAAGCUGCCGAGCCCCUUCUCGGCACGAAGUUGCCGGUCGGCAACAUAAGAGGCGGCCUGCACGAUGCUUCAGCCCCAUUUCUGUAUGUUCUUUCGGCCUUUCCAACCCUGAUAUUUUGGGUCGCAGUCUUGAGUUAUAACGAUUGCCAAAUUUUCGUCCACCGCACAGGCAGCUACCCAACCAGCGGCCACAUUGACCAUGGGUCAAGUCAAUUCGGAAAACGGAGCCUCGUACUCGAAAACGGAUCUCUCAGCAGGGAGCGGCAGCCAGGGGCCUCGAGCAGAGGCGGCAACUCCUACUGCAACACAGCAAGCUGCCGCUCGACCACCGUCGAUCUCCCAUAACCCCAUGCCGCUGCAGAAUUACUUCGCGACGUGGUACUUUAUCAAUCUUGGGGCGUUGCUGAUCAUAGGCAGCCUUACUGUCAAGUCUUCGUCAAUCACCCCGCCCGGCAAAAUCCAGCUCGUCGUUCCCGCCGCCGUCGCCUUCCUCGCGUCGGGCAUAGGCACCAUCAUCAUGACGUACGACGUCUGGCCUCGGUCAGGCCAUGCACGAAUCCUCGGCAGUGCCACGGGAUUCUGCCUCAUGCUGGCAUACGUGAUAGUGACCCCUGGCUGGGGCGAGGGUGUGGAAGGCGACUUUGCACGCCUGGCAUGCGCACUGAGCGGGUUCCACCUGGGCUUCGUAUUGGAAUCCGUGACUGGCGGCGCCGGACGCAUCUUGAAACUGCUCGAGGGGGCGAGGGAAGAGCCGGAACCGCCGAGGAGCCGUGCUGCAUGGGAUAGGGGUGCCAAACCACAGUCUUUUGUUGGUGCACCGAGCCUCUGAAUGUGCAGAAUGGUCUACGGUAUCAUUCAGCCGAUACCCCCGCUACCGUGCUCGUC